UCCCGAGUUGAGUUCAAACUCUAUAUUCGGAAAUGAUCCCAUAUUGUGUUCUGUCCCCCUAUCACAAGAAUGCUUUGACCCUGUAAGGUUCUGGAAUGUUCAAACUAUAACUGCUGUCAGCCAGUUAAAGGUCUUGAGUUCCAGUUUAGAAGAGGGCACACAUCCAGUAAACAACUCAGACAAUUGUGAUAAUCAGAUCAAGCUUCCCUCUACACCUCUUGACGAUAUUGAUAGGCGAGCAGAACCCUCUAAAAUUCUGCAAAACAAUGGCGCUGAUAAAGCAGAAGAUUUGGAUUCUAUAGACAAAGAGAAUGAUGAUCAAACAGGGCUCUUAGAAAGCUUAGCUGACAACACAGAUCAAGUGGAUAGUGCAGUCUUGUCAUUAGAGAAUACUCCCAAUACCUUUUUGAAUCAGGUGAUAAAAGAUGACAGUAAUCACACAGAGAUUUCUAGCAGUAAAUCAAAACCUGAUUCUGUUGAGUUACAGACCAUAGAGGCAACACUCAGAGAUGGACAUGAGAAACUGGAGGUCCCCAGUGCACUUCCAGAAGAUCAUAUUAUGUCAGAGGUCCAGACAUCAGAAGUUGGGGAUUUUGUUGGAGAGUUGGAAGGAGCCAGUAUCCAUUCAGGAGAUGGUGCUUGUAAACUAGAAGGUGCAGACAGUGUAAUAGAUGUUAUUAAACAAGUAAAUGGUUCUCACCUCUCACCAGAAGAUAAUGCCAGUAGAUCUAUAGGUGUCGAUGUGCCAGAUGUUUGUGUGGAUGGGCAACUGGAAACUUCCAAAGCUGUAUCAGAAGAUGUUUCUUUUCAACCAAAGACCAUUAAUGGAAUGGUGAAAGAUAUUUCAGAAAAUGUUGAUGCAGGCAAUUUGGACAUUUCUGGUGUCAUUGCAGAAUGUGCAAAUCAUACCUUAGACAAACUCCAAGAGGACUCUGUUGGUCAACUGGAAUUAUCCAACAGCAACUCAAGUGAGGAUACUGACCAAUUAGGAAAUGUGAAAACGAUACUCAGUGAUGGUGAAGGUGAAGUAGAAUUAUCGGAAACAUUACCGGGUGAGAUUGCCGCGUGUAUAUCAGAUGCUGCCAUUAUGUCAACUGGAGAGUGCACUGAGCUAGUCUUAAGCAGCCACUCAGAAAGUGGCACUGACAAGGUAGAGGUUUCUGGCACAGGAGAAGAUGAUAACUCUGAAGUCAGUUUAUCAUGUAAGGACAACAAAGAAAUAAUUGAAGAUGUUGCUGCAAUAAUGAAACUCAGCAACACAAUGCCAGAGGUGGAAUCUGACUGGUUUGAAGGCAUGGGUACUCUUCCAUUGGAGGAGGAGAGUCAAGAAAAGGUUGGUAAUGUCAAAAUAGGAAGUGAUAUUAACCAGGUUGAAGGUGUGGAGACUCUGCAAGUAAUAGAAGAUAAACAAAUAGAAGUCAGUCACGUUCAACCAGAUGAUAGUAGAUCAGAUUCUACUUGUUCAGUAUUAUGUCAAGACAAAGUGUUAGAUGGCGAUUUUGCUAAAAUCUCAGAUACACUACAAAUAAGUUCCACUAAAGUAUCAGAGAUUUCAGGAGACCUUAGUUCCCAGAUAGAGAAGCCCAGUAGCCUGUUACAAAAUAAUUGUCAUGAAGUAACAGAUGAAGGUCAAACCAAGUUCUGUGAAAUAUUACUGAAGGAUGAUCCCAAGGACGUAGGGCUAGAAGAUGUUAAAGAUCAAACGGAGGUCACCGACACUCUUUUGGAAGAUGGUGCUCAUAAUUUGGAGACUGUGGGUGCUCUGUCAAGUGAAGAUAAUAGUGAUGAAGAUGACAAAUUCACAUACAUGUCAUUAAGUGGAAAUCAGAGAAUAAAUGAUUUGGCACAAAUCAUACCACAUAAUGAAGCAAAGAUCUCUACCAAUACAUCUGACAAAACUGAUUUAGUAGGCACAUCAAUAGAUACUGGUGAUUCAAAAGUCACAGACAGUGGGAAACCAAAUACAUUUGAUUCAUCAACAGCAAACAGCACAAAUGUAGAAGAGAACAUGACCAAGAGUUCAGAAGAUAGUGCUGAUGAAAUAGGUUCCUUCCCCCACUUGGAAGGACAUAAUGAAAGCACAUUAGAAGUUCUAGAGGCAAUAUCAAAUCAUAAUGAUCAAAACAUAGAGCCAGCUGGUACUCAGCUGAAAGAUAAUGCUUACCCAUUGAAUGUAAUAAACUCAGCAUCAGAAAGUGAACACAAAGACAUUUCAGAUAUCCCUCAAAACAGCAAAGAUGGUCAGCUAAAUCUCCUUGACCCUUGUCAGACACAUCUCUCAGGAAUGUCACCAGGGAACAAUGUUAGCCAGCUGGAGGAUUUGCACUCUGAACAAAAGAACAUUAAUAAUCAACUUGAUCUCCCAGACCAAGCUCUAAUAGUGGAUGAUCAGCAACAGGACAUCAGUGAACCUGUGUCAAAACCUUCUCAUCACAAUUUUGGAGUCUCAGUUUCUGCAGAAGGAGUGGGUCUUCCUACCUCCACAGGAGAAUCAACUGAUGAAUGUCUUAAGUGUUCUCAAAGCCCCAUCAAUAAUGUUACAGAGAUAAUUGAUCAAGGAACUCCUGAUGAUCUCAUAGAUAUGACUCAUCAUGAUGUGACUUCAGUAACUCACGAUGUUUCAAAGGGUGGAUCAGAAAAAGUAGAUGAUAUUAAUAGCCACACUUUAGCUGCAGAAGCAAAUACAGAAAUGGAUGUUUAUGAGGCAGUGUCAUCCUCUAAUGUACCGGAGUUUGCACCUGAAGCUGAACUUGAACUUUCCACUGAUGAAUCCAAUAACUUAAUAUCAGAAGUUUCCAAGUCAGAGGAUGUUGAGAUCUGUGACCAUGUUAUUCUUCCAUCAGAGCCUGUUUGCAUGUCUUCUUCCAUCUCUCCUGUCUGUCAACAACUGCAAGAUGUUCUUCAGGACUGUAGGGCAGAUGAGGUUGCUUUAAAAGAAGUGGUGGUGUCAGGAGAGUUGUCAAAGAAGGUGCCCACUGACCUAAAAGAAAGUAAGGGAGACAAGGGGGUGCCAAGUGAUAUAUUAGAUUCAUGUGAAUACUAUGAACCUGAAAAACUGAGCUGCACCCAAGGUGUUGCUGAUUUAGAAAUAGACUCACAUUCUAGUUCGGAUAUAAACCAGACUGAAUCUAAUACUCCUGUUGUCACACAAAAUACUGAACAAUUGUAUUGUGACAAAAAAGGCAAUGGUGCAUCAUUGGAGACUCCAUGUCAAGAUGAAAAACCUAUUUGCUUUGUCGGCAGUGAUAGAGAAGAAAAGGGUGAUACUUAUCCCCACAUGUCACUAAAUGUGAUUGGAGAAAGCUCUCAGGAUAAAAAAUUGGAUACUUUGCAUCAUUCCGAAAAUUUUUCCUGCAUUAGUCAUUCACUGGUAGAGGGACCAGAAUUUAAUGUAUUGCUUAAUGCAUCUUGCAAAGCUCCAGAUAGACCUCUUUCGUGUCCUCAUGCAACACUGAAUAAAAUUCCUUCAGCAAGUUCAACAUCAGAAUCUGAUUUAGCUUCUGCACCCAUCCAUUCCACUGCAGACCUUCCCUGCUUAGAUAAAGCUUCCCCUGCAACCUGCCCUGAACCGGAUAAUGAUGGCUUUUCUGCUGUUGUAUCUUCCUCAUCAAAUAAACUGACAUCAGGACAACAGGACCAAGAAAGCUUUGCAAAACAUGCUGCUCCACCUGAAAGAGCACCAGGGGAAGAAAAAAGCCAAGAAGAGUUUAAGCUGUCCGAUGCAAUGGAUCUGGAAGCCAAACAAGCAGUCCCACAGAUCCCUGAGAAAUUGGAGCAGUGUCCUGGGGUUGAUCAUCUGGACUCCAUCCAAGCAGAGAUCAAGUCCUUGGACACAAAACCCAUCUGUCGCACCCGUCAAGCCUUCAGUCCAUCAGAUUCCAGUUCCUCCAGUGAGAAUGAGCUGCCGUUCCCGAUCCCACUCGAAGAUGUUAGGAAAAGAAUCCCUCCCCAAGAGGACCCUGUUAAAUCGGAAUCCACGGAUGCACAGAUUCCAUCGAAGCAACGGGCUUUUGAGACCACUGCUGUCAACAGAGGGUCUUGCAAUGAAUCAGACAGUGACGAUUCGGUCCCUGAGCUUGAGGAGCCGGAGGUUUCCGUUCCACUAGCUGGACAAGAACAGUCACAGUUGGCGCAAGCGGUGGGGAUUGGUGACGAGCCUGUGAGUAAAGCUAAACAGAGCCGCAGUGAAAAGAAGGCACGAAAGGCUAUGUCCAAGCUCGGUCUGCGACAGGUACAUGGUGUAACAAGGAUCACAAUCAGAAAGUCUAAAAACAUCUUGUUUGUUAUAACAAAACCAGAUGUUUUCAAGAGUCCGGUGUCUGACAUCUACAUAGUCUUUGGGGAAGCAAAGAUUGAAGAUCUGUCCCAACAGGCUCAUAAAGCUGCUGCUGAAAAGUUCAAAGUUCCUAUUGAACACGCAACUUUGAUCCCUGAAACAACUCCAACACAUAGUAUUAAGGAGGAGAGCGAGGAAGAGGAGCUGGAUGAAACGGGACUGGAAGCUAGAGAUAUAGAGCUGGUAAUGGCCCAGGCAAAUGUCUCAAGAGGCAAAGCUGUACGAGCUCUCAGGCACAACAAGAAUGAUAUUGUUAAUGCUAUAAUGGAAUUAACAAUGUAAACUGCAAAAUGGAGAUUUAUUUCUAUAUAUAUUCGCUGGAUAUUAUCAACAUUAUAAACUAUAACCGAACUGUAAAUCAUACAAGUUUGCAUCUGUAAUACUGC